AUGGUGCCCAACAAGAAGCCGAAAGAAGCGAAGGAAAACCUUUGGUCAUCCAUACUUACCGAAGUACAAACGCAGAACAACGUCAAGCUUCCCUCCAACAAAUCAGUUCUAGUGCUAGGGGACAUUGCGAGUGGUAAAACAACGCUCAUUACCAAGCUGCGUGCUGUCGGAAGCUCAAAGAAUGGUUCAGGACUGGAGUACGCCUACAUUGAUGUGCGGGAUGAGCAUCGAGAUGAACAGACCCGACUUAACGUGUGGAUCCUCGAUGGCGAUCCGGCUCACACGAAUCUGCUAAAGUUUGCACUGAAUGAGAACAGUUACCCGCAUACACUGGUCUUGGUGACCUUGUCGAUGACGACACCUUGGAAUUGGAAGGACCAGCUUGAACAUUGGAUGAAAAUACUCGAAAAUCAUAUUGCUGGACUGUCGAUCGAUCCAGAGAAAUCGGAGCGGUGCCAAGCUCGGCUGACGACCAGAUGGCAGAAGUAUUUCGAAGACUUCGAAGCUGAAUCACCGACAAAGAGUACGGAUGGAUUGUCAUCGCAGGAAAGCAAACCCGAUGCGCUGCCGCUUUCGGAAGGUGUUCUCACAGUAAACCUUGGCCUCGACAUCGUAGUGGUCGUAACUAAAACCGACUUUAUGAAAACGCUCGAAAAAGAUCUGCUCUAUCGGGGUGAACACUUCGACUUCAUGGAGCAGAUGAUCCGCCGGUUCUGCCUGAUGUACGGUGCAGCACUAUUCUACACUAGCGUGCCAGCGGACAAAAAUUGCGAUCUGCUGUACAGCUACCUUACACACCGGAUCUACGGCUUACCAUUCCAAACGUCUGCCCAGGUCAUGGAGAGGGACGCGGUGCUGAUACCGGCCGGCUGGGACAGCAUGCAGAAGGUUGCUAUACUGUACGAAAGCAUGCCAUCAUGCCAGCCGGGUGAUAGUUACAACGAUGUCAUUGUCGAACCACCAUCGCGCAAGAUUGUAUCGAACACUAAGAUCGAGAUAGAAACGGAAGACGAAUAUGUGGUCCUUGCUCGUCUCCAGCAAAUGCUUCUGGAAGAUGAAAAAUCGUACCAAACGAGUGAUCAACUAACUCCACUGACGGCUGCCACCUCGCAGGAUUCAGAAAAUAACAUCGACGCUCAGUCAAUCCAGGAAACACGAAGAAGUAGCAGUGUGCUCGAAGACUUUUUCAACUUGCUUCGGAACAACAAACCUGCCAAGCAGUAG